UAUGCCAGAAUAGGAAAGCCUUUUAUUCUGUAAUUCCUUGAGGCAAGAAAAAGGCUUUCCGAAGAGUUGCUUUAAUUUUAAACUCUCAUUCUAAUGUUAGACAGCCUGUUGGAUCUCCGAGUUAAAAACUGCUUCAGCUUUACUUACUAGAGCCAGAUGUAACAUUGACCUUAAAUGGUAAAAGCUCCCGAGAGUGAAAGAGAGGCUGGCCUGAGGGGAAAAAGGGGAAUAACUGAAGUUUUAGAGAACUUGAGGUCAGUUGCUAAACUAUCUGUGGAGAUGGAGUAAAGCACCUUUAAGCUUUUGCUAACACUGUACUCAGCUGUGACUCAGACAGGAGCUCCCGGAUCACCAUUUCCUGGAGAUUGUACUCCAAGCCUACACAGUGGUAAAAUGUUUUGUUUGUUUGUUUGUUUGUUUGUUUUAACUCAUUUUAUAGGUGCAAAAGGCUCAUGCAGGCUAACAUUCUAGAGGUUCGCCCACAUCUGUUCUUCUUGUGAUAUGUGAGUUCAGAAUGUCUACAAGUAUCUAAUUUUGAAUUCUUAAACAUAACUUUAAAGCUCUUGCAGUUUCUGGAGUUGUUUUGGGAACCAUUUACUCUGAUAUAAUUUACUACAAUAUUCUCAUGAUAGACUUUCAGAAGACAGAUCUAGGUCAGAAAGAGCUUAUUCAAUACUUAAUAAAAGAAAUGAGAGAAUCUUCCAAUUAGUGACAUAUCCUUCACCUGGGCCAUUUUUAAGGUGUAGAUGUAUUUUGUUACCUAUUCUUUUAAUAUCUUGAGGGGGAAAAAUUCUGUUUUUAUUGCAUAGAUUAAUGUAUGAUUUUCUUUUUUUUACUGACGUACAUUUAUGCUUGAGGAAAGGAUAUAAAGUUUGCAAAGCUAAUGAUAGUGUGAUUCCCAAAACUGGCAAAGAACCGUGCUUAGUAUCAGGGUAGUUACUCUCCAUGUACUGCUCAGUAAGUUUUUAAGGUGCUUUUUAGGUAGGUAUGCUGAAUUUUGGCAGAUUGCAAGGCUGUAUUCUUUCCGGGAAAUAAAUUUUUCAAGGACAUUUCUUUCUUUAUAUCUUUGAGUUGCAGAUAAGCUCCCCUAGUUCUUGUUCAAGUGUUCUGAUGACCUGUUUCUCUACAUGCUUUGAUUCUCACUGACAUUUACUAAUUUUCAUUAUCUGAUAGGCAUAAGGUCUCUUCAGCACUAAUGGAAGAAUGUUGCUUCAGUAAUGCCUAAUGUUUCCAACAUUUCUAAAUCUUUUCCCUUCCCACUACUAUCAGAAGGCAGCAAUUGAUGCAGAAAAUGGCAAAACUCUUGGCAAGAAGACUACUUCCUUCCUUAAGUCCAUUGCAUUUACGAGAUGCGAUGUUUUGUGCUGUUUAAGAGUAGUAACAUUUACAAAGGAUUUGGCCUACUGUUUUUAUGAACGUUGUGCAAGUUAAAAAUAAGCUUUUAGACUGAAAAUUCUUUAGGAAUUAGAAUUCACAUAGUUUAUAAAUGGAACUAUAUGCUUAUAUAUUUUGUUGAAAUAACAGAAGCAUUAGCCCUUGCUUUGGCUCACUUGUGGUCUGCAGCAGUAACAUCAAGGUAUGCAGAUACCAUGUUUAUUUCAAGAAACCUCAGACUAUGAAUCAACAGAUGUACGCUUUACUUGUACAAUUCUCAGAACUGUGGUUGUUUUUUGUUUGUUUGUUUGUUUUUUCCUUCUGGAGAGGUAUUGGGGAAAAGAAAGAAGGUCAGAAGAACACAUAUUCUUACUAAUCGGCAGUUCAAAGACAGGAGAUUUUUCCUGUGUUUAAGAUAGCUUUGUAAAGAAGUCUGAAUAAGGUUCUUAUUAUGUACAGUAUGGACUGAACUCAGUCUACUCUAAAUCUCAGGAAUUUUAAGGUGGCAUAAAUUCAUCAUCAUCUUGCCCUCUGUUCUCCUUUGGCUGUACUUUGAAUGCUGCAUCUCUGAGACAAUACAGCUCAGGAUUUUUCUCUUUCUAUUUUCAGUUUAGCCUGUUGACUUUUUUUCCUUCACAAAGAUAUUUGCUUUUAAAUCUGAAAAAUGAACUGAAACUUGCUGUGCUUAACAGCUCUUUCUUGUUUAAAUGACUUACAUUACUUUUCUUUAGUGUGUACUGGGAGCUCAACUGGGGCAGGGAAUCUAACAGUUUGACACAAUAGCCUAUGCAGCUCAGCAUGUGACUCUGCCAGUACACUUUUCACUAUGACUUGAAAUACUCCUGAUUUUUUUUUAAGCUCAACAUUCUCAUAAAUUCAUAAAGCAAACACUAACAGAGGUUAGAUGAACAAUUCAUCUGUCCUCGUUAUUUUUUUACUUUUUGUUGUUGUUGCUGUUGGAUUUCAGGUGUUGCAAACUCAGAAGUUGCAACAGAUGCCAGGGUUUUUUUACGGGAAUGAAGAGGUAGUCCAUUUCAUCUUUCUUCAUUACUUUGCCUCUGUCUCACCUUCGUAGUCAGUGACUGUUGCUUGAAACAAAAAUACUUCACUGCUGAAUCACAGAACUUUAACUGCUGUCUGCUUAAUCUCUGUGGGUUUAUUAAAUAUGUUAUCAUGAAGGUCUGUAUUCCAUCAUAUUUAAGACUUUAAGGAUGAUUCAAAAAUGUUUAUUAAAGAAAAAUAUACCUUCUUUCAUGGAAAACUUUCUCUACUUUUAUAUGCAGUUAGAGGUGGAUAAAACCUUGACAGAAAUGUGAGCUUCCUCUUACUGCAGUACAAUAGAAACUCACUCGUAGCAGGUUCAAAUUAUCUACAUAACAUUGAAACAUGAUUUUCUUACAGUGAUUAGCAUGUCUUGCGUAAGAAAUAGAAAACUUACUGGAGAGAGAGGAGGGAAAAGAAAUUGUAUUUCUAUUGGACUUUACAACUACAUAAUUUAUGUUGCAUCUUUCCACAGUCUUUACCAAUGAACGUCAAUGGAAUAAUUGUGGUGGUGUUUUUUGUUUUGUUUUGUUUUGUUUGUUUGUUUGUUUGUUUGUUUUUUGAAAGCACAGAAAUGCUUGUGUACAGAUAGUUGCUGUUGUAGCUCUUUUCAGGAUAUUAAUUAUGCAUUAAAUUUCAUAUGAAUGGCCUUGUGUCUGAUUAUUCUUCUAGUAAUAGAGUAGAAGCAUAAUAAAAGCAUAGGUCCUAACUGCUUCUGUAGUCUAAAGUUUUCACACAUUUUGUAGGUUUUCCUAGUUCUGUGAAAGGUGAGGAAUUUCUAAGCACUGUGGCUGCUUUGGUAUUUCCUAUGACUAUUUUUCUCUCUUGUUGAUUUUUUUUUAAGAGUAUUUUGAUAAUUUUAAUUGCCAGCCUCAAUAAAUCAGUGUGUUCUUUAAUAAUCUUCCCUUCCCUGAGAUGGAAAGGAAAACUAGAAAAUUGAUGUUAGGUUGUCAAAUACCUUAAAGUUAUAUGAACUCAUCUUGCCAUCAUGACUCUUUUACUCCGUCCUCAUCUACAGAGCAGUAAAAGAAUAAUGAUGAAAUUAGGAACUUGGGUUUCAGAGAAGACAAUAUUUUUUGGUUGUAGAACCAGAACUUUAUGUGUAUAUUCAUCUCCUUAGCCCACUCUUUAAGUUGUUGCUACAUUAGACUUUGAGUUUAUAACACAAUACUAUACACAGCUGCAAAUUAACUGUCAAGGAAAUAUAUUUUACUUGUCUAGUCAGUCAUUAUGUAUCACGUCGUCUCUGUUAAUCAUCUAAUCUGUUGUCUGUAGGCACCAUCAAGGAGUCAAAUGAUUUAUUUGUGAGAACUGUUCCUUAAUUGUCCGGUAGGUGUCAGAGUAAGUCUUGUAAUACUUCUGUAGCUGUAAGGAUUAGUACCAAUCAUUUCUCUGAUUACAAUGUGAAGGCAGUAGCUCAAGUUGAUACUAAAAGCAAUAAUUUUCUCAGCUAGUCAGCAGUGAUUUCUUUUUUCCCAUUCAAGCAUAACUACUAUUUUGCUUUGAAAAUGUCUUGUACAUUGUUGUAGUCUUCGGCAGACAUACAGCAAGUGUUUAUAGUAUUUGCCCAACUCACCUAGGUCUUUGAAGAGCCUCAGCACAUGCCCAAAGAAAGAGUGUUGUGAUUUGACUGACCAAUUUUCCUUCUAAAGAUCUUCCUUUCUUUGCAAUCUGAGAUCAUAUUCCGUGGCAUUAGGACUUUCUUGGUUACUAAAAGGAAUGUUACAGAUAUCCAGGAUAUUGUUUUCUUCUUGGAAGAUCUAUAGUGAGGUAGUUUAAUUACAGCCAACACAGUCACAGUAGGAAAAAAAUAAUAAAUAAAAUCUGUAACAUGAAGAGGAGUGGGAAUAGCAACAAGAAAGGGAGGUUAAAUGCAUUUAUAAAAUUAUAUUUGACCUUGAAAACUUUAGUUUAAUAAAACACAAGAUUAUAGUUAAUUUUAAACUUUAAUACUGUUUGUUAUUGUAAAGUGAUCUCUGUGUUAGACCAUAGCUUUAUUAAUGAAUUUGAUAUGUAUUUUUGGCAUCUAACACAUCUAGUGGAUCACAAGGCCUUGCAGCACUUAUACCUUCAGGCUAACUUGAAACAGUCUCAUUCUCAGCAGUGUAUGGUCGUGCUAGUCCACAUUGCAGAUCAACGUGCUCCAUUCUGUCCACCAUGCCAACCCUACCUGAAGAAAAUGAACAACUAAAAGAGGCACAACACAACAGUUCUCCUCCAGCCAAAGACACCGAUGCUGAAGGAACUACAAGCAGUACACCUUCUAUUGUUCUUCCAGAGAAUGCUAGUAUGCCUGAUGCAGAAAUCGAUAAAAAUCUGGUUAACAGACCUCGUAGUCCUCAUAGAAGACAUUCUAACCGUGCCACUAGGAAUCCAACAAGUUCAUUGACUUCUGUUGACAACAAUGGUCAUGUGAUUGAUCUGGUAAAUGAUCAGCUACCAGAUGUCAACAUAUCAGAAGAAGACAAAAAGAAGAACCUUGAAUUACUAGAAGAAGCAAAGAAAGUGAGCGAAAGAUUUCUAAUGCGCAGAGGCAGAAAGUCAAGAAGCAGUCUCCCUGAGUCACCCACAGCUGUUUCGCCUACGCUUAGUCCAAAAGUUUCACCAGUAGCAUCUCGGAGCAACUCUCUUACUCUUCCUGUUCCAUCAGGGUCUGAUAUAUGUACAGCCACUAGUGUUGAGUCAGCGUCUCCAGUUCAGAAUAACAGAACUUUUAAAGAAGAUGAUAGGCAAACUGCAGAGAAUGUUUGCAAAGGAUUAAUGGAUCGCAGGCUGAAUGAUCAAAGAAAGAUUUCUCAGGGAAGGCUGGUUCCUCGUUCUGCUGGCUUUGAAAACCCCAAAGAAAAACUCUCUGAACAAAAAGAAAACUUUGAUCCACGUACGCAUGUAAAUACUUUACCUAAGUGCUCCCCUUCAGGUAGUGAUGGUGGCAGAAUGUCUCUUAACACUUGCUUGAACGUCUCUGAAAAUGAACUCGGAAAAUCCUUCCUCAAGAAAGCAAAAGAAAAUGAUGUUCCUUUAAGAACCCAUCUACCAGGACCAGGAAUAGGAAAUAUAGACUCAAAGCUAAAAAGUCCUGUUCCAGAAAUGAGGGACCAUAAAGUUUCUUUUAAACCAGAAUUUAAACUGUGUGGGCUGCGUCCUCCUCUUCUACGAGCUGUAUCAUGGGAUAGUUUAGAGCCUGGACAGAAGGAUAAAGUACCCGUGAAGUUACCAUCUGAGGAAGAUAAAAGCUUUGUUGGUAAUAAAUCCAGCAAUCAAAUAAAAGCAUUCAAAGACCUCCAAAUCCAAGUUCAACCUGUUCGGAUGCAGAAAUUGACAAAACUCAGAGAGGAGCAUAUUUUGAUGAGAAAUCAAAACUUAGUUGGACUUAAACUUCCUGAACUUAGUGAAGCAGCUGAACAGGAAAAAGGUCCUUCACCUCUCCCCUCCCCCACUGAAGAGGAAGAGGCAAAGAAUAGCUCUGAUGUCAUGCCUGGUAUUCCUGACAUAUUGCUGCGAAAGCUACGUGUGCACAAAUCUCUUCCAGGAAGCUCCCCUCCACUUACUGAAAAAGAAGUUGAGAAUGUAUUUGUACAACUUUCCUUGGCCUUUAGAAAUGAUAGUUAUACCUUGGAAUCAAGAAUUAACCAAGCAGAGAGAGAGAGAAAUCUUACUGAACAGAAUGCUGAGAAGGAACUGGAAAACUUUAAAACAGCCAUUACGUCUUCAGCUCACUUAUGGCAUCACUACGAGCACAGAGAAGCUUACCAGAAACUACUGGAGGACAUUGCAGUUCUGCGGCGUUUAGCUGCUAGGCUGUCUAGUCGUGCUGAAAUGGUUGGAGCUGUACGUCAGGAGAAGCGUAUGUCAAAGGCAACGGAAGUAAUGAUGCAGUAUGUGGAAAAUCUGAAAAGAACAUAUGAAAAAGAUCAUGCUGAACUAAUGGAGUUUAAGAAACUUGCUAAUCAGAAUUCUAGCAGAAACUAUGGUGCAUCUGCAGACGAUGGAGUACCUCGUUCAUCUAGAUCCAUGUCUCUUACUGUUGGAAAGAAUAUGCCUCGGAGGCGAGUCAGCGUUGCUGUUGUUCCUAAAUUUAACUCCCUAAACAUUCCUGGUCAGUCACCAACAGCUUCACCUAUACCUUCAAUGCCAUCUCUGUCUGAAUCACCUAGCAAUGGAAAGAGCAGUCUAACAUCUAAUCCUGUUCUGCCAGCUGUUUUAGAGAAUGGAAAGACAAAUGGAGAGCCUGACUGUGAAACCUCUACUUCUGCAGUGACACAGAGUGGGCUGGAAGAGAUCAAUCCUGAAACUAAAGCCAAGAUAGAAGAGGAAGCAUAUAACAAAGGCUAUCAGGAGGGCUUGAAGAAAACCAAAGAACUUCAGGAUCUGAAGGAAGAAGAUGAAGAGACACCAAAAGAAAGUCAUGAUGAACAUGAAGAAAGUGAAAAUGACAGUGAGAUAAAAAGCCUGAAAAGCAGCAGACUUGAAGUCAUCAUUAAUUAUUUAUAUAUAUUGUACCCCAAACUCUGUAAACACUGGAAUGUGAUAUGGCUUGUAGUGGCUGCAAUAAUCAUUUUUGCCGUGGUGUUGGGAAUCUACCAUUCAUACAGCUCCUGUGAUGAAGUAUCAGAGAGACCUGAAGGAAAAGCCAGCUGUUCUGCUGCCCAUCAGUAUUCCUGGUGGAACUCAGGAUUUCAACAUGAGCAACGCACUGAAUAACAAAGCAACACCAUGUAUUUAUGGUACCUGAGAGAGCACAGUAUUAGAACACUGUUGUUAAGGGUAGUGCUUAGUCACCUGUACAGUUGUCAUCUGUUACGUCUGUUACACGAGUGAGUUACUCCACCCAUCAAUCCUGGUGAUACGUAGCUUGCCAAAAUAAUAACCUGGUAAAUAAUUAUUUUUAUCCUCUUAAUUUAAAUGACUGAUUCAAAUAAUAUUGAAUCAUGAUAAGGUUUGGGCACUAAUCAGCAACCAGCAGGCAAUUAAAAGAAAGAUUUGCACAAGAUGUUGACACCUUUCCUUUGAUUUUGAAGGCUAUGAUUAAAACCAUAUUUGCAGUUAGUGUUUCACUUUGCAUUUCCUGAAUUCAUUGUUUUGUUGUUGUUGUUGACGUAUUAAUGACAUUUGUGUCCUUUGAGUUUUAAAAAUGUAAUUUUUUUUCUUUUUUUUUUUGUUCAUGAUUUUUGGGUAGAAAGGUAUAAGGCCAGUGGAAGGUUAAAAUUAUUUUGUCGGACAAGAUGUCUUAUGGAUGCCUUAAUUUCAUGAAGGAAAUUAUCAGUAUGCAAGUACAUUCAUACAUGUGUUUUAUGAUAUACUGUAAAACUAGGACCAUCUCUAUUUUUCGAAUGGGAUAUAUAACAAAACCUAAUAAGAGGUGUAGGUGGCACUUUUGGUAUCAUCCCAUAAGAUCUGGGAUCGUGAGCUCGUCUUCUUUUGGUGUAAAGUCUGAAGCUCAAUCUAUCAAAGAAAACGGAUUUCUAACACUCAGAAAUUUAGUUUGCAUGUUUAUUGCUAAUAACAAAUAUCCUACUGGUGAAUUUUGUUUGUUGCAUCUUUAGCUAAAUCUUUCUUACAAGAAAAUUACAUGGAGGAGUGGAGGAGAAAAAAAAAAGAAAAA